AUGGCGGCGUUGUAUGGUAGUGCGGCGAACGUGCUUGAAAAAGUUUUGCACAAGAAAGGAACUGUAAAAUCCCUUGUGAUCGAAAGUGAGUUUGCAAAUAAGAAAAAGCUUUACGCUCUAGUGUGCGAGACGCUAAAAUAUCGACAAGUCAUUGAGGAUAUUUUUGAGCAAACAAAGUUUCUGAAACGUGAAAAGCAGCUAAAGCAUUCCUUUGCCCUUGUGCUGGUUUAUGAGCUCCUGUUUGGCCAUGGCUUAAAGUGUGGAGGCAAGUUCAAACAGAGCAUUGCUAGAAACAAGUCCAGUCUCCAGUCAGCCUUAGCCAGAGUGAAAAUCAAAGCGAAAGUUUCAAGGAAUAAAGAUCUGUUACCCAAGUCUGUACAGACUGCAGGAACAAUUCCAAGGUAUGCAAGGAUUAAUACACUACUAACAACUGCAGAUAAGGUGAUAAAGCAUUUUCAAGAAGAAAGCUACCACUUGGUGCCUUCCACAGACAAAAGACUAUAUGUGGAAGGAAGUAAAAUAUUUGCACAAGAUCCUCACAUCCCAGAAGUGCUUGUCUUCCCUCCAUCUACUGAUCUACAUGACCAUACUCUCUACAUCAAUGGGCAUAUCCUUCUUCAAGACAAGGCAAGCUGUCUUCCUGCCCAUGUGAUUAGCCCUCCCCCAGGGGCACACGUCAUAGAUGCCUGCGCCGCACCAGGCAACAAGUCCAGUCAUCUUGCAGCCAAACUCAACAAUAAUGGGAGAGUGUUUUCAUUUGACAUCAGUGCUAGUCGACUUGCAGUGAUGCAGAAACAGAUGAAGAAAGCUGGUGCAACUUGUGUUGUCACAGAACACAAAAGCUUCUUAGAUGUUGACCCACGCUCUAGCCAGUACAGAAAUGUGGAAUACAUUGUGGUGGACCCAUCUUGCUCAGGGUCAGGGAUUAUCAGUAGACUAGAUGGCUUAGUCAGUGAUGAACAGGAAGAUGACCUUCAACAACGACUAGAAUCACUAGCUGACUUCCAGUUGUCAGUGUUAACACACGCAUUUUCAUUUCCUGCGGUCAAGAAAGUUGCUUACUCCACUUGCUCCAUACACUCACAGGAGAAUGAAGAUGUUGUACACAAAGCCCUAAAGGUCUCACAGGGUCAGUUUGAGCUGGCACAUGCCCUGGAGUCAUGGCCCAGUCGGGGCCUACCUGUCUUCCAAGGAGCUGAGAAGUGCCUGCGAGCUUCGCCAGAGAGUGACCACACAAAUGGGUUCUUUGUUGCAUUAUUUCAAAGGACUGAAUGCAAAGGGGGUUCUACUAGCACGAAAACACAGGGAGGUACAAAGGUAAUAACAGAGGGCCUCAGUGGAAACAUUACUGCAGAUGCCUGUCAUAAGACUAAGAAAGCAAGGAAAAGGAAAAGGAAUAAAAAACAAGAAGAGGGCCAUGGUAAAGAUAGUGAUAAACAAGGACCAAUCAAAAUGAAAUGCAAUGACAAACAGACAACAGACAAGGCAAAGCAAAAUGGAAAACAUAAGCAAAGGAAGAAGAAAAAGAAAUGCAGAUCCGUGGUUUUGUGAUAUUCUUCUUUGCUGUUUAUUUUGGCUCAAAUGGAAUAAAAUAAAACGUUAAGAGUUUAUUUUCGUUAGAACCUUUUAUUUUUUGUUAGUAUUUGUUCGGUAUUAUUUAUCCAAGAUCUAAGUGCAACCACAACCAACAGAGCAAACAAUACACAUAAUGAAAAGAACACUUGGUACCCAAAAACUUCCACUACCAUCCCAGAAACUGACAUCAUUGUAAGUUUGCCUAGUAGCUCUACAGUGGCUAGUGCAGUGAAAUGGGUUGCCUGGGCUUGAUUGGCAGUCUCCAUUGUAUGUUGCAUCAUCAAUGUAAAUGUUGCCGUGGUGAUUGCUCCACCAACAAGCUGCAAGGCACACUCUGUGAUGAUCAGUAGAAUGGUGUAUUGUCCAUACCAUGCAUUAACACAGUGUACACCCAUUGGGAUAACCCUCACUAGACACAUAAGGUACAGAAGUUGCGCCAGCCCAAUACUGUGGACAAAAAAUGACAAGGAUUAGGAAGUGUUUGGAGGUGAAUCAUGGGCGUACAGCUGCUACAAUUGUUUGUUCUCUACUUUGGGAUGUCACCCCUUCUGCUUGCUACAGCCCAGGAUCAUCCAAAUCUAAGAUCACUACCUUUAAACACAUUAUAAGCAUAAUGACAAUAUUGUGGAAUAUUAAAAUAUCUUAAGAUACAGUAUAACAAAA